AUGCUCCGGGCCGUUCUUCCAAGCUCGGAUAUUUUUGAGAAGUUUCGGAUAUGGAAGCUAAUCAUGUCCACUUUUGCGUUCUCCUCCACACCAGAAUUGAUGUUCGGAUUGUAUUUGCUAUAUUACUUCCGAGUUUUUGAGAGACAGAUUGGCUCAAAUAAGUACUCGAUUUUUAUCGUGUUCUCUGGGACUGUAUCUCUACUACUAGAAGUCAUCUUGUUAUCACAGCUUAAAGAUACCACAGCCAACCUACUGACCUCUGGACCAUAUGGCCUAAUAUUUGCUUCGUUUAUACCAUUCUACUUGGAUAUUCCAGUCUCGACGAGGUUUCGUGUAUUUGGUGUCAAUUUCUCUGAUAAGUCAUUCAUAUAUCUUGCAGGAGUUCAGCUUCUGCUAUCUUCUUGGAAAAGAUCCAUCUUUCCUGGAAUUUGCGGCAUAGUUGCUGGUUCCUUGUAUCGUUUGAACAUACUCGGUAUCCGCAAGGCAAAGUUCCCUGAGUUUGUGGCUUCGUUCUUUUCCCGGCUAUCUUUACCGUCCUUGGGUAACUCUACUCCUCCAGCACCAAGCAGGAACAUCGUUGGGACUAUAUCACCCAACACAGGUCGCCGAGCUGAGGCUAGUCUCAGAUCUCAGCCAGCUCCAAUGGUGUCAAGUGCAGAACCAUCUGAGGAAGCCAUAGCUACAUUGGUAUCAAUGGGAUUUGACAGAAACGCAGCGAGACAGGCGCUUUUGCACGCCAGAAACGAUGUCAAUGCCGCCACAAACAUCCUUCUUGAAGCACAAUCCCACUAA